CUUGAAAAGUUAUAAGUCUCUUUUCAAAUAGCCUCAUUAUUUAAUCCAACACAAAAACCAUACUUUUCUACAAUCAAGUUCAAUAUAUUUCUUAUCAUGAUUAUGGCACCUCAUGGAGAAUCUUUGUUGUCAAGUUCAUUCUCAAGGAACAACAAUACCACAUCAAACAAACCAACAAAGCUUUCAACUUCCGACCACCUUCAAAGAACGGUCUCCGAUAUUUCCUUCGAGCUGAUGGCGAAAGAAGCAAUUGACAAUUUAAAACUACCAUCGAUAUCCGAAGUUGAAGAUGCAAAGUGCGAGUGUUGUGGCAUGUCUGAAGAGUGCACACCCGAGUACAUAGAUCGUAUUCGCAACAAGUUCAAAGGGAAAUUUGUGUGCGGUUUGUGUUCGGAGGCGGUGAAAGAAGAGUUGGAGAAAAAUGGUGGGAAAAAAUUAGAAGAAGCAUUAAACACACAUAUGAAUGCAUGUGUUAAGUUUAACAAAUAUGGUAGGGCUUUUCCAGUUUUGUUUCAAGCACAAGCUAUGAAAGAAAUGUUGAAAAAGAGUAACAUGGAUGGGAAAAUUAGGGCUAAGUCAAUUAGUCCAAGGGACAAGAAUGGAGGAGGAGGGCUUGCUCGUAGUUCAAGUUGUAUUCCAGCACUUACAAGAGAGAUCAACAAUAUCAAAAUAGCCAAUUAACUAUCUAUCUCUUUGAGCACGAAAUCUUUAUACUAUAGUUAAUUAUAAUGUUACUAUAAGUAUAAAGCUAGUUUUUCUUUUACAUAGACCUUGUUACAAGCUAGUUGCCUAAGGUUUUUUUAGGGUAUUAUUGACCCUUUUACUUCUCAAGGCUGCUUAGUUUUUUUUUGGUCUGUGCAGUUUUUAUUUUAUAACUUCAUGAAAUGUACCGUAGAUCUUACCAAUCAUAUGUUAUGGAAUAAAAUUUCACUUGGUGUACUGAUAUCAUGUGAUAAUUAUCAUGUCAA